AUGAAGGGCGACUACUAUCGUUACUUGGCUGAGGUUUCUUCUGGUGAUGAGUUGACUGAUGUUAUCGACAAAUCACAACAGAGUUACCAAGAGGCUUUCGAUAUUGCUAAGGACAAAAUGCCGCCGACUCAUCCAAUUCGUCUUGGCCUGGCUCUCAACUUUUCGGUCUUCUACUUUGAGAUUCUCGACAAUAAGAGCAAGGCUUGUCAGUUGGCUAAGCAGUCUUUUGACGAGGCCGUUGCUGAGUUGGACACUCUUGACGAGAAUUUGUACAAGGACUCGACUCUCAUUAUGCAACUUCUUCGCGACAAUUUGACUCUGUGGACUUCUGAUGGCGGCGUUGAGGAACCGGAGACGGCUCCAAUUGUUGCUGAUGCCGAAGGCACAAAUUAA